UAUAACUAUUAGUUUACCCAUGAUUUUUAAGCUGUUGAGGUCGAGUACAAAAUUUAAUGAAGUUAGCUAUCGACUGAUUUUUACGAUUCGUGAUUUUUCAUUUUGUGAACCGGUUUCGAAAUAUAGUGCGAAAUGUCAUAGAGGAUGGAUGAGCAUGUUAAUUAAAUUGAAUUAUUCGCAGAUGAAAUAAUGCCUCGCUCACGAACUUUGAAUGCGUUUCAAGAAUCGAAAUCAAUUACUACGUUGACCGAAAGCAACAUAUCUCUGCAUUCGACUAAAUCAUUUUUAUCGUCAGUGAACGUCACAGCGACAAAUUCGUGGCCUCAAAAUACGGAUUUCAGCUUACUGCCGAGUCCAACAACGCCUAUUAGUAGUCCUAUGACCUCAGUUACCGAUGCACGUCUAAGAGCUCUUUCGAGCCCUUUUUUCAUUCCUUUAGCUCCAUUUUUAUGGCCUCCCAGUAAUAUGUUAUUUCCAUACCCUCCUCAGUUGUUUCAAGAUAAUCCAGCCGAUAGAUUUAUCACGCAGGAGAAAAAUUUUACAUUGCCCUUUACCAAAGUGACAAGAAUUACCGAAGAUGAAGAAGAAGAGGAAGAAAGACCACUAAAUCUGAGUAUAAAAAAUAGAAAAACAGCCGAAAUAUGGAAUCCUAUAACUUCAUGCGAAUUAGAAGAAAAAACUUCGCCACAGUUACCAAAUACCGACCCUGCUCAAAGCAAAAAAAAGUAUCAGUGUACUCAGUGUGGGAAAACUUUUAAACGUUCCUCGACUUUAUCAACACAUCUUUUGAUUCAUUCAGACGUACGUCCUUAUCCGUGCGAUUACUGCGGUAAAAGAUUUCACCAGAAAUCAGACAUGAAAAAACACACGUACAUUCACACAGGUGAAAAACCACACAAAUGUACCGUCUGUGGUAAAGCUUUCAGCCAAUCGUCUAAUUUAAUCACGCAUUUAAAAAAACACACCGGUUAUAGACCAUUCUCGUGCAGUUUAUGCGAAAAAGCUUUCCAAAGGAAAAUAGACUUACGAAAACACGUCCAAAAUCAACAUCCUGGACACCCACCUCAACAAUAUCACAUCAGUAGUACAACUUCAGCGUCAGCUGUGAUUAAUACCACGACGAGUAUCAAUUCGGAGUAUAACGAAAAACCUCCUAAGAUGGAAUUUAGUAAGACAUCGAUGAAGUCUUGAAAUAGCUAAGUAGAUACUUAAUUUUCAAAUCAUUUCUUUUAUUAUACGAACAACUGAUGAAGAAUAGAAGACUAAAGUGAAAAUAUCUUAAAUGUUCCUAUUUUUAUUGUUGUAAUUUUUUAUUACUUUCAUUUUUGUUCUGAGAUUUUUUUUUUAUUGAGUCAAACGAAGGUAAUAGGUAAGUAAAGUAAGUACAAGAAAUAUGACCCUAAAAUUUUCUCUAUUGUUCAUUGUUUCUAUCUAUUUG